CCCCGUGAACGGCCAUCUUGCAAGCUUAGGCGGCGGCGGCGGCGGCGGUGGCGGAGGCGCUGCAGCGGUGGGGUGGGCUCGCUCCCGGCGCGGUGAGGCUCUCCGGCGCGGGCCACGCUCUUCCUUCCCUGCUCCGGUCUCGACCACGGCGAGCCUGAGCGCGGCGGCGGCCCACGCGCGGCGACGGGGAGAGGUGAGCGAGCGGCGCGGGCCUGAACCGGGGCUUCGGCCGCGCGUCCGCCCCGCUGGAACCGGCCCGCGCGGAGGGUUCGGGGCCGCCGCGAGCCUUGUCGCCGUUCGAUCUGCCGCUCGAGGGGCCCGGGCCUGGAGCUUCCGUGCGCGGAACCUGAGAUGAGCAGCAGCAGCAAUAAAAGAGCUCCAACGACAGCGACCCAGAGGCUGAAACAGGACUAUCUUCGCAUUAAGAAGGACCCGGUGCCUUACAUCUGUGCUGAGCCCCUCCCUUCCAAUAUCCUUGAAUGGCACUAUGUGGUCCGAGGCCCAGAGAUGACUCCUUAUGAAGGUGGCUAUUACCAUGGAAAACUAGUUUUUCCCAGAGAAUUUCCUUUUAAACCUCCCAGUAUUUAUAUGAUAACACCCAAUGGAAGAUUUAAGUGCAAUACAAGGCUGUGUCUUUCCAUCACGGAUUUCCACCCAGACACGUGGAACCCGGCCUGGUCCGUCUCCACCAUCCUGACUGGGCUCCUUAGCUUCAUGGUGGAGAAGGGCCCCACCCUGGGCAGUAUAGAGACGUCGGACUUCACGAAAAGACAGCUGGCGGCACAAAGUUUAGUGUUUAAUUUAAAAGACAAAGUCUUCUGUGAAUUAUUCCCUGAAGUCGUGGAGGAAAUAAAACAAAAACAGAAAGCUCAAGAUGAACUCAGCAGCCGACCCCAGGCUCUCCCCUUACCAGACGUGGUUCCAGACGGGGAAACACACCACGGUCAGAAUGGGCUUCAGCUCCUCAACGGGCACGCGCCGGGGGCCGGGCCGCACCUCGCGGGCCUCCAGCAGGCCAACCGGCACCACGGACUCCUGGGCGGCGCCCUGGCGAACUUGUUUGUUAUAGUUGGGUUUGCAGCCUUCGCCUACACGGUCAAGUACGUGCUGAGAAGCAUAGCGCAGGAGUGAGCCCCGCGCCACAGCCGGCAGAGGUGGUCGAACCGAGGGCACCGUGCCCGAGCUCGCCAUGGGCUGGCUGGACGUGCCGCCAGGCGCAGGGUGGACCUGCCUGACUUCUGGGGUUAGCUUUUUAAAAACCUUUAAAAGGAAAACAAAAACCAAAGCGUGUAAUUUGGAUUUAGAGGAGGUGCAAGAUUCUCAGCUCCCUGUCCUCGCCCUGGGGUCUGUUGGGAACCAUGGAGCUUGGGUGUCGAGGAGGGACCUCAUGCUUUGGUUUUAUAGCUUAAUCUCCUGUAUCGUCUUUCGGACCUGUUUUAGUAAACCUGUUUUUCAUUUUACUAGAUUUGGUCACUUAAAAAUACAAAACUCGAUUAGCAAAUACUCUGCGUGCACUUCUUGGUCCAGUGGAGCCCUGGCUCACCAGGCAGGAGCAGUUCCCACAGCUGUGCCUGGCCAGAGGGCCCAGGGGCCUGGCCAGGGGGCCCCAGGGGCUGGCCAAGGACGGCCACGGACGGGGGUCCAGGAGACGUGGGGGUUUGGCCUCAGCGUUUGAAACGUGUUUGCAUUCUCUUGGAAAGAAGCAAUCCUUCCUAGCAAAGUGGGUUCUUGUUUUGCUGAAGUUGAAAUUCCACAUCCGCUUGAUGUCUGACCACAAGGUGGCGUCCUUUGUUCAAAGAGCCACCCUAUCCUCUGCGGUCCCGAAGGCUGCUUUCACUUUACCCCCCACCCCCCACCCCCCCCUUUCCUCCUCACCUAUGCCAGGCUGGGCUCCCCACUGCCACCUCCAGGUUCCUGGCUACUGCAGGGGUGACCUUUGGUACCCACAGGACAUUUCCUCUGACCCCAGCAGCCCCAUGGAGUUCUGCACCUGACAGGCUCCCCUCACACUUGGCCCAGAUCUUGGGUGUACCCUGAAGAUAGGCUCCUGUGUUCCUUUUCACAGCUGCUCCCUGUCCGGUGUGGGCUCUUCCCCUAGAAGACCACACGCAACUGGGCAUCAAGAGGAGGUGAAGGCUGCCCCGGGAGGACUGGCCUGAGUUGCGGGCGGGGCUGGUGGGGUUAAGCAGGCUCCCUGGGUCGCUGAUGUCUUCCGUUAAGCGCCUGCUUGAUCGUUUCCCUUGCACGUUAUUUGGAAGCACCGUGUCUGUGAGUCAUGGGCUGAGGUGCUGUGAUUUCACUCCAGAGGCCAGAGGGGGCUUCAGGUGCAGCCACGCGCUUGUACAUUCGACUUUGGGUUUUGAUCAGUUUAUUUAAAAUUGCCCUAUAAUUUACCACUUGUGUGUAUUUAACCCACUCGUGUGAAAAAGAACCUUUCAUUAUAUCUUUGUUCCUAAA